UGAAGUUGAACUGGAGAGGACCACCGUCAUGAUUCCUGUUCUCCUCUUCCUCUUCUUAUUCUCGUUGACAGCCAUUCCUCCAGGUGCGACUGAAGAUGGAAAUCAACCAGACGCACCUUUACACGUCUCUGAAAUCAUCGCAAGAGCCAACGCUGGCAUAAGGACCCUGACCCACGGCGACAUUGUGCCAAAUCUAAACAGGAACGCAGACCCCUGCACAGCCAGAGGCUGCAAGUGGCCUAAAAGCAGAGGCUUCGUCAUAGUCCCCGUCUCUAUCUCCUCUGAAUACACCAGAGAGGAGCGCAACAUCAUCAUCAGGAGCCUGCUGACCUUCCACCGAUCCACCUGCAUUCGCUUUGUCUGGAAACGCUGGUGGCAUCGGAAUUACCUCCACUUCUUCUCUGGAUCUGGGUGCUGGUCCUACCUGGGGCGUCAGAGCCGAGGACAGCCAGUCUCCCUGAGGAAAAAUGGUUGUUUGUACACGGACACGGUGCAGCACGAGGUUCUCCACGCUCUCGGUUUCCACCAUGAGCAAGUCCGCUCAGACCGGGACAGAUACGUCAGCAUCCUCACCCAGAACAUUCAGUCAGGAAAGGAAUCAAACUUCAGAAAGGUGUGGACUAACAACUUGGGAACCCCUUACGACUUCAACUCUGUCAUGCAUUACAGCAAUUUGGCCUUCUCCAAAAACGGGCAGCCAACCAUCGUCGCCAAGAGCAAUCCUAACCUUAUCUUCGGACAAGCUACAUACAUGAGCAGUAAUGACGUUGCUCGCAUCAACAAACUUUACCAGUGCUAAGGAACGGCCCGCCCUCCAGAUGCUUCAACUCUCGGCACAUCAUGAUAACACUGAAGGCCCGGAGCUGCUGUACUGCAACAGCAUCACUUUGAAGCAACAGAAAAUGUGCAGCAUACAUGUAGAGAUCUGACGUCCAUCAUUCAGCCUUCAUGAAUUCUGAAAAAGUGUCCCUAUAAAAACAAGUGG